CAGCUAAAAUUACAGUGGGUGCAAAAAUAAGUGAAAAGCUGUGAGGGGGCAGUGCUUUGCCAGAAAGGGAGGAGGGGAAGCUCCCAGACUCAGUUCCUGGAUUCCCAGAUUUGCAGAGGAUUCCUGGGAAGAUUUGGGAGAGGAGCCAAAAAUCCCCCCCACACACACACACACACACAUCCUGUCCCUGGCAGACUGCAACCAACGGACUGAACCUGGUGUUCCCAAAAGUGACACACGGUACCCCAAGACUUGGAACCUCCUGGAGCUUGCCAUCUGGAUGGAAGGGCUUUUUGAUUGCACAUCUCCCUGGGCCGUGUAACGUGGACCUCAACCUUAGCAAGCCAGAAGCAAACCGCAAAGACAUGUGACUGGGUUAAGAUCACUGGGAAUAAGUGCUGGGCUCCAGAUUUAUUACUGGUCUUUAUCCUUAGAUGGUCAACCUCACUCAGUGAUCGUCUCAGACCUACUGACUGCUCUCCUAGGAUUUUCCUGCAUUCCAGCAAGGGCCAUCGUCCCAGCCAAGAAGUGGAAAACUCUCUUUGGAUCCAUUGGAUUGUGAACACACACACAGGAUCCAGGGAAAUUGGAAGGUUGCCUGUUGGAAUGGAGAAAAAAAUAACGGAUCUAUGGAGCUAAAAAUAUUUGGCAUUUUCUGUAACAAUGGUUGCACCAUGAUGCCUGGAUGCUCAGCUGCUGGAUAUAGCUUUCUUCUCAGUGGAAAACUAUACUAUUUUAUACAGCACUGGAAAAUGCCAGGAUGCCUCAGUUUUUUUGUAUUAAGCUAAUCUUUGCUGGCAAUAGUUCAGUGUAACGCACACUUAGAGGGUCAAAAAGGCUUUCUUGUGGGUGAGCAAUGUUAGAAGCAGACCAGAGGCAACCCAGGCAGUGAGUGCUUGCUAGCCUGCCCAUGCCUGACCUGCUUGUAGAGAUGCCCUCGCCAAUAAUGAGCUCAAAACUAGGCUGAAAACCGAUGGCCUUGUGAAUUGGACAACGGGGCAUUCCUCCAUAGUUAGGGCAAGGGAUAUCUUGCUGUCUUGAUACAGUGAAUUUGCUUGUGUGCAAUCUUCUUCAUGUAUAUGGAAAAGAGCAACCUGCGAGGUCCCCAGCACAGGCCUCAGCCGCUUGUAAAAAGCCUUUCCUUGGAGCCAGCUCAUGUCUCUGCACACCCUGAAAAGCCCCAGCGGCAGCGAUCUGAUCCUGCAACCUCUUCUGACUACAACGGGGUGCUCCCGGACCCAUCCACUCCUAAACCACUGGCUCCUAGGCGUCCACUGACUCCUAAACCGGAAGUACCCCCCAAGCCUGCACAUUUACAGAGCAUAAGACGGCCACGACCUCCUGGGCAUAUCCCACCACCUCCCUCCCGGCCAUUGCCAGCAGACCCCCGGCUUGCAAGGAUAUCUUUGUCACGGCCCGACAAUAAAGAUGGGACCCCUUCAGCAGUCACAUCUCUGAUUGAAAAAUUUGAGAGGGAGCCUAUCAUCCUCCCCGUAGAGAGAACAACUCUGGGUCAUGUCACCGACAUAAGCCUUGGGAUGGACACGUCUCCCUCUCUCCAGAAUUCGGGGUACAGCAUGGGCGAACUGGGGCACAAGCUUCUUGACUUGUUGGAACCUGAGGUAUCCCAAGGCAGCCUGGAAAGGAGACGACGGCUAGGUGUGGAGGGUAGAGAUGCUAGCGAAAUGGGAGAACAGGACUCUGGAGGGAAACUGGCCAACAGAGACAGUGGCAUUGACAGCAUUAGCUCCCCGUCCACCAGUGAGGAGAUGUGCUUCCUCGGGGAAGUGGAUGAGGGUGCCCGUGAGGAGAGGGAGCCCCAUCAUAUUGCAGCCCACCGCUGCUCAGCACGUGACUCUGAAGGUGACAGCGACAUGGAGGAUGGAAGUGGUGACGAGGGUGAAUUGCCACCCGAAAGGCUGGACCCAUGUGAGUUCACAGCUCGGCAGAAGGUGUACAAAAUUGCUAAUGAGCUGCUGCAGACAGAGAAAGCCUACGUGUCACGCUUACAUCUGCUGGACCAGGUGUUCUGUGCUCAGCUAAUGGAUGAAGCACGCACAAGGGCCUCGUUUCCCAUGGAGGUGGUUAUGGGAAUCUUUUCCAACAUAUGCUCCAUCUACUGUUUCCACCAGCAAUUCUUGCUACCCGAGCUUGAGAAACGCAUGCAAGAGUGGGACAGCAACCCUCGCAUCGGUGACAUCCUGCAGAAAUUAGCACCAUUUCUUAAAAUGUACGGAGAAUAUGUAAAAAAUUUUGACCGGGCUAUGGAAUUGCUAAAUGUCUGGACUGAGAGAUCAUCCCAAUUCAAAAGUGUAAUCCAGGAGGUUCAGAGGGAAGAGGCCUGCGGGAAUCUGACAUUACAGCACCACAUGCUAGAGCCUGUACAAAGGAUCCCACGGUAUGAGCUGCUGCUUAAGGACUAUCUCCUGAAAUUGCCAGAGGAUUCCAAAGACCGAUGUGAUGCAGAGAAGUCCUUGGAAUUAAUAGCCACAGCUGCUGAGCAUUCCAAUGCAGCCAUCAGGAAAAUGGAGCGGAUGCACAAACUCCUCAAAGUGUAUGAACUUCUAGGUGGAGAGGAGGACAUUGUCAGUCCCACCAAUGAGCUCAUCAAAGAAGGGCACAUAUUAAAGCUUUCAGCCAAGAACGGCACAACCCAGGACAGAUACCUCAUAUUGUUUAAUGACCGGCUGCUGUACUGUGUUCCCAAACUGCGUCUUAUUGGGCAGAAAUACAGCGUGCGGGCUAGAAUAGAUGUGGAAGGGAUGGAGCUGAAGCACAGCAGCAGCCCUAACCUGACACGGACAUUCCGGGUGUCUGGGAAACAAAGAUCUCUGGAGCUACAAGCCAGAACUGAGGAAGAGAAGAAAGACUGGAUCCAGGCUAUUGAGGCUACAAUAAAUCGACAUGAACAGGCAAUGGAAUCGUGCAAACUGCUCUGCACCUCCAUUCGCGAAGAUGAAGAGACGCCACCAAACUCUCCGAACACAGAUCUGGGCAAACGAGCUCCAACACCGAUCCGAGAAAAGGAAGUGACCAUGUGCAUGAAAUGCCAGGAACCAUUUAACUCCAUAACCAAAAGGAGACACCACUGCAAAGCUUGCGGCCAUGUUGUAUGUGGAAAAUGCUCUGAGUUUCGCGCCAGGCUUGUUUACGACAAUAACCGUACAAACCGAGUAUGCGUGGACUGUUACGGUGCUCUGCGUGGGUCUUUGGCCAGCCCAGUAUACAACGUUCACACGCCACAGCGCAGAAAAUCUAUACUAGAGAAACAGGCCUCGGUGGUGGCAGAGCACAGUGUUAUGUGUAGUUACAUGCAUUAUAUGGAGAAAGGAGCCAAGAGCUGGCACAAAGCUUGGUUUGUCAUCCCUCAAAAUGAGCCCUUAGUACUAUACAUCUAUGGCGCUCCACAGGAUGUAAAAGCUCAGCGCAGUAUUCCUCUCAUUGGGUUUGAGGUGAGUCCUACAGAACCAGGCGACCGCUCUGACCGUAGACAUGUCUUCAAGAUCAGCCAGAGUCAGCUCAGUUUCUACUUCAGCCCUGAGACAGAAGAGCUGCAAAACCGUUGGAUGAUCUCUUUGUCCCGCGCGGGACGGGGGGAAGACUGCCGCACCAAAACACUUUUAUUGGAGACUGAGGAGGAGUCAGAGGUAUUUGAAAGCCCUUUAGGAAACACUUGACUCAUCCAUGAGUGACUCCUUAGCAAGUAAUAUAAGGAGCUUGCCUUUGGGACUAAUCCAUUUCUCUUCCAUGGGGGACUGUAACAAAUGUGGGGGCUGGACUUUCAUCAUCAUGACUCCACUUGGGGAGGGCUGGACUCACCCAUAGUACUUCAAUGUUCUUAGACACACCUGCUAGGAGGACUGGAUUCAUCCAUUGGAACCUGAGUGUUAGCCCACUAUUUAGCAUCAGGAUACAAAGAAUGGCAAGAGGUUGAACUGUCCCAUUGUGGUUCCAUAAAGAGGAGCCUGUGGGCUGGACUGUUCACGCUGGUUCCGUAGGGAGGAACUCGUGGGCUGGAAUCAUUGUCACCUCUUUCCGACAGCCUCCUUCAUUCUCCUUUUACAUGACACCAACACCGGCACUUUCUCUUUUUUAUAUUGUAUGUAUUAUAAUUAUUUUAAUAAUAUUUAGCAAACAUUUUUUUUAUUUUGAGUUUCGUUUUCUGUUGCUUUGUGUUCCCCUUUUCUCACUCUGCAUUGUUCCAUGUUGACCUCUAGGGCCAUUGCCAAAUCUGAGCUUGCCUUCCUCUUCUGCCUGCCUGUAAGUGUGUGCAUGUGAGGUCCUGGGUAUAGGCCUUCAGCCUUCUCAACUGCCCCAACUACUGGGACGUGGGAGUUAUAGUUCAACAGGGACUGAGGAUACCCGUUCCUUUGUACAGGGUAAAUUUGCCCACAUUAAAGGCGGAAAAACGAGUGCCAGUCCUGGAAAAGAAAUGUGCCAUAGUGUCUGUGAUAUUUAAUAUGUUGGUUUUUUUUUACAGUCAAACAACCAUGAUUAAAAUGAAAAAAAAAAAAAAAGUAUUCUUGGGCAUCACCACUGUCCUCUAGGUGGCACUGCAAACCUUCUUGGUUGCCCAAUGUUUUUCCUGUCCCUGUGCAAGUGUAUUGUGUGUUUAGCCUAUUCUUUGCUCACAAAUACUCUGCCCGCAUUUUGUAUGCCUUGUGUACCCGACCCAGUUAAGUGGCGCAUGGGGGUGGGGAAUAUACUGCCAAUAGUGGACCAAGCGAGCAAUAAACCAGACCUGGAAGUGCAAUAAGAAACCAUUGCACUCUCACACCCUUCCCAUAUCUUACAGGUGGCUACACAGCGGUCAGACUUGGUUUUUUUUCCCAGACCGCCCCCUGCAAUUCAGCUCUUCUCUUGUUGCUUCCAGUGUGUGUGGGUGUAGGCAUGAAAGUGGCAGGCCACUGGGGAUGUUCAUGUGAUAUGCCUGCCCCUGCUAUGUGCUCUUCAAUAUAGUCUGUUUACUUCA